UCUGGAUCCAGCGGACAUCACGCCGACGCCAGCGACACCCUGGAUGAGGAGAUUUUGAUAUCGUCCCAGGUCCAGGAUGAGCAUUAUAACCUCCAGCGAUGAUGAUGAGACCCGGCAGUUCUACCAGCAGCUCCGUCAGUGUAAAGAUCACUUCCUGAGGAUGACGUAUGAAUAUUUCCAGGAUGAUCUGCUCCACAUUGUGGAGAACAUGAGUCUUCUACCACUUCUGAGUGAUCUACAUUCCCGAAAUCUCCCGGAUACUGAGAAAUACCACAGUCUAGAACAGGACAGAAGAAGAUUGGCGCGGACUUUACUACAGGAUAUAUAUCACCUAGGAAGAGAAGCUGUGAUAGGACUGUGGGUCAGUCUGUAUGUAUUACGGAGACAUCAUGGUUCCCCCGGCCUGGACGCUGUACUGGAGGAACUCCGUCAUAGAGGUGACACUCUGGUGGAGCAAAUCCUGCUGGAUGAACAUGGACACCAACUGUCCCCACAACUCAAAGAUUUCCAGAUCAGUCACAAGAAACAUUUACAUGAAAGAACUGAGAAACUUCUAGAGAACAAACCUCCAAGAUGUGACCAGCGAGAGGAGAGUUUUCCAUUCUGUAGACGUUAUGUCAACCUCAUCAUUGUCUCCACUGAUCACUUCAGAGAACGCUCUGAGAAUGAGCUCAUAGAGACCGGGGUAAAACAUGAGGAAUACUUAAAGAGAAAACACAAUGAAUUACUACGCAUUUCCCCCAACAAUCUGUUCCGCUGGUGCCACCAAUCCAAACAAGUGCCACGUAUGGUAAUGGUGAGCGGAGUGCCUGGUGUAGGGAAGACCACACUGAUGCAGAAGGUUGUCUAUGACUGGGUGAAGGGGGAUCUCUAUCAAAGAUUCUCCUUUGUCUUUUUCUUCAAAUUCCGAGAACUCAACAGACAGGGCUAG